AUGCUCUCUCCAUUCCUCGUCCUACUCGUGGCCAGCGUCACGGCCCACGCCCUUCCACGUCUCCUCCCAGGAGCAGCAAGAGCAAGCCCAGCACUCGACGACUUCCUCUCCGAGACCGCAGAGCUCGAGAUCCGCUCCACGAACACUACGUCGGCUCUUCCCAGCGCCAGCGUCACCUUGUGYWCCGAGCCGGAAUUCAAGGGCGAAUGCGCCGUCGCAGUAUGGCCCGUGAACUCAUGCAUCAGUCUGCAGGGAUACGCGGGCGUUGUGAGCAGCUUUCUUCCCGCCAGUGGAUUCGAGUGCCUGUUGAUGCAGAACCAAUGCGAUGCUACGGCCCCAUAUGCGGAUAUCGACUCCAAGGAUGCAAAGGAAGGCAGCGAUCUCACUGGUUUGGAGUGGAUCAAGGAUUCUUCGAGCUACAUCUGCUUCACUGAGCUCAAGGCUCUGCAGCGCUUCGUGAGGAUGUCACGGCUGCGGGUCGCUGAUGCUUCGAUCGAUGUUACUCCUUUUUGA